AUGGCUAAGAUGGCUGGUUAUGGACCAAUGGCAAGAAUGAGAGAUAUGGGUCUAGUUGAAUUUGAAUUGGAUAUAAGUCCAUGCAGGAUAGGGGCAGUGGGCAAGCAGAAAUCACUUGCAGACAAGUUCGAGUAUGUCAUGCAUGGGCUAUUAUAUAAGAUUUCAGAAAACACCGAAGGACCAGAUGUUAAAGUGUAUUUAUUUUGGCUUGAAAGCAUGGACUCUGACUUUGUUGGUGGAAAGUUAUGA